UUACUAUUAGCAACGUAUGUGUUGUAUAUUAUAGUUGUUGUGUUAAUGCAAAUGCACUUACUACUAUAGAAAUAUAUCGUUGUAAGUGCUACAAGUUAUGUGAUUGCCGAUGCCGAUCUAUUGCAAAAAUAUCAAGUUUUAUGCGGUGAAAUCAUUUUAAGGCUUCUUUGGUUUGAGCGAUCUUAGUUUGUGCCAAUAUGCCAGUACGGGAGUUGUCGCCGGCUCUGCAGAAGCGGGCAGUGAAGGAUAUCAAUGAAGAACCCAAGAGGGUGCCAUCUGAUAUAACUUCCCUAAGGGAAUGGAUAAAACAACAACCGCAUUUAGAAAAUAUAGAACCAACGGAUCAAUGGUUAUUAGCAUUUUUGCGGGGCUGCAAAUUCAGCUUGGAGAGGACCAAAGAAAAACUAGACAUGUCAUACACUUUAAAAGCCAUUGUACCAGAAUUCUUUGCCGACAGAGAUCCAAUGAGCCCUAAACUGCAAGAAAUUCUUAAAAUAGGGGCGUUCCUCCCAGUGCGUAACUGCGCUUGCGACGACGCGCCGCGAGUCAGUAUUCUGAGGCUCGGCGUGCUCGACCCGGCGCGCUUCCACCUUGCUGACGUCAUCAAGGCAUCCCUCAUGAUCACAGAGAUACUGAUGAUUGAGGACGACCACCUCAAUGUGUCAGGCGAGGAGGUAAUAGUAGACUUAAAAGGCGUCGGUAUGAACCUCAUCAGCCAAUGGACUCCAGCUCUGGCCAAGAAGGCAGUGUUGUGCUUCGAGAAGGCUCUACCGGUGAGACAGCGCGGAAACCACAUCCUGAACACGCCGGCUGGGUUCGAGGCAGCUUACAAACUCUUCAAAAUGCUGGUUGGAGAGAAGAUGAGGAAACGGAUUCAAGUUCACAAUCAGAAUUACAAAGAAAUGUAUAAAAGUAUACCCAAGUCCAUACUACCGACAGAGUACGGAGGUGAAGAUGGAUCGCUGCAAGAACUAAUAGAUCAUUGGAAGGCGAAGACUGAGAGCUACCGCGACUGGUUCCUGGACCAGAGCAGGCAGGUCUCCGUGGAGUCCAAGAGGCCAGGGAAGCCCACCAACCCGUCGGAACUCUUUGGAGUCGAGGGGUCCUUCAGGAAACUUGAACUUGAUUAACUCCGGAUGAUAGACAUUUUGUAGUGUGAUGAAACUAAACAUUUUAGCACCUAGGUAUAUUAUAAUGAAUUUGUAAGUCUUCUGCUGAGUUUGGAUUAGCUAAUUAUUAAACUGUGUAUUGUAUAAUUAGUAAGUACUAAUUUAACUGAAGAUAAUAACCAAAUCUAAGUACUUAUUUUACAUUUAGAUUUAAGUCGGUAUUGCCUACCAAUACAUGGUUUUUGAGAAAAUAUAUGAAAAUGGUUAUAAGUCUUAGGCUACUUUAAUUUUAUUUAUUGUUAAAAAUACACAUAAUAUAUUUUUUAUCAAA